AGCAGCGUGGAUAGAGGACAUCACAAACUGGGCUCUUUUUCUCUCGCUAUCGUUCAUGGAAUAAAAAAAUGUUUAAAGUUUUUUUUGUUUUUUUACCCGGAUCAAAACUCUUAACUGGAGUUUAAAUGAAGUGUUUUAACCCAAAUUUCUCCUGUUAGGACAGCUCACUGGCUUCCAGCUGAGGAGUAAACAUGAAAAGUUUGCUCUUUGUCACCUUGUGUCUGUCAACCUGUCCGCUCACGGUUGACGGCCGACAUCCAACCUGUAACUUCCUGCUGGAGGUGGAGAGAGACCAGGCCGAGUGCAUAAAGAAGCUGAGGGAGAAGCAGGCCAACAGCAGCUAUAAAGGCCCCGGGUGCAAAGGAGAUUGGGACAGCAUAGCAUGCUGGGAGCGAGCGGAGUUUGGAGAGACCGUGACCAUCCCCUGCCCUCGAGUCCUCAGGACUGUGUUUGGCAGAGAUGGUAAUAUUAGCAGAAACUGUACAACAGCUGGAUGGUCUGAUGUUUUCCCAAACAUAACCAGUGUGUGUGGGGCAGACACGAGCCAGGAUAAGCUGGUCUUCUACUUGGUCGUGCAGACGUUGUACACUCUGGGUCACAGUCUGUCUUUAAUUGCCCUCACAACAGGGUGCGCUAUCCUCUGCCUAUUCAGGAAGCUCCACUGCACCAGAAACUACAUCCACCUCAACCUCUUCUUCUCCUUCAUUCUGAGAGCCGUGGCGGUGUUGGUGAAAGACGACAUCCUCUUCAACCGAAACUCGCACUGCUCAAACCAGCCAUCACUGGUGGGAUGCAAAGCCAGCCUGGUGUUUUUCCAGUAUUUCAUUAUGGCCAACUUCUUCUGGCUGCUGGUGGAGGGUUUGUACCUCCACACUCUGCUGGUUGUCAUUUUCUCGGAAAAUCGACACUUUAUUGUCUACAUGUUCAUCGGCUGGGGAAUCCCCACAGUGUUUGUGUCUGCGUGGGUGAUAACGAGGAUUUAUCUGGAAGACACGGGGUGCUGGGAAACAAAUGACCAACCCAUACCCAACUGGGUGAUCAAUGGACCAAUUGGAUUCUCCAUUAUGGUAAACUUCAUUCAGUUCAUCUGCAUCAUUCGGAUCUUAGUUCAGAAGCUGAGGUGUCCUGACGUGGGCGGCAAUGACCAAUCACAGUACAGGAGGCUGGCCAAAUCCACACUCCUGCUGAUUCCUUUGUUUGGCAUCCACUAUGUGGUCUUCGUGACUCUCAGUGAAUCCAUCGCAGAAGAUUAUAAAAUAUUUUUUGACCUUGCCCUUGGAUCUUUUCAGGGUCUGGUCGUGGCCAUUCUCUACUGUUUCCUGAACAGUGAGGUUCAAGGUGAGCUAAAAAGAAAAUGGCGGAGCAUGUGUCUGAACUGUCGUCUGAGCAGGAAUCGCCACAACAACACCUUCGCCUCCAGAAACGGUUCACAGCACAUGGUGCAGUUUCACAGCAACUCCAGAACCCAGUCCAUUCUGCAGACAGAGACCUCGGUGCUGUGAGAACACGAGGGUCCUGAUCUACACACAAACAAACACUACAAAGACACAAAAAAAUGCAGUCUUAAGAUUGACCUGGGUCGAAUACUUUUACAAAGUUAUUAGAAAAAUACAAAAAAAGAGGAAAAAGUAGUACUUUGAGAUGAAGUACCACAUGGGUGGGACCUGCACAUCAUUGUAGUGCAGAUUUUGGUUUUAGCUUUACAAAUCUCUGCAAGCCUUCAAGUUUCUCAUUAGUGGAUCAAAAGCUUUUCAGAUCUGUCCAGUGAGGUUUACUGUGUUUGCUGCUAAGAGCCUUUUUUUUUUUUUUUUUUUUUUUUGCAGUCUUUAUGCUAUGAUGUCAGCUGCGUGAGCAGAGAAAAACUUGUGCAACGUCCUUAUACUGUUUUUCCUGGAGCUUUGUGCAUGGAUGAGAUAUAAAAUGUGUAUACUUGUAUGUUGCAUGCAUUAAAAUCUAUAUUUUUGAACAAACAUAUACGUGUAAUAGAAACAGCAGGAUCUAGGUGCUGCAGACUUUAAAUUGGCACUUGCAAAAAAUGCAACAAAAAAAAACAAAAAACAGAACCAUUUUUGCUGUCUUUAACAGAAAGGAUAACAGGUGAUUGUUUAAGUAUACAAAUCUUUAUAUAACUGUUGCCUGCUGUGUGAUUUAACACCGCUGGUAAUACUGUGCUGCAGUCUUACCAGCUGUCAUUUUGGAGCCAUGUUGUAAAAUAUAAUAGAUUGGCUAUGGCAAACCUUGCAAUACUUUUUUGUUUGAUACUGACCUAAAAUUCAUGGUAGACGUGUCAGGAUUUAGUUUCCAGAACGUGCAUGCUGUAUGCAAUAACGCAGCAAAGUGACAGUCCUGUCAUUAGAUCCCGCAAAACUACUCACCUUAGUUCUUUCUUAUAUGUUUUCCAUCCUUUUCCAUGUGCCUCCUGUGUUCUCCCAGCCUGUAUCGCAGGUGUCUGUGUGAGUAUGUUCCUCACCCUGUUUCACUUUAAUCCCUGCUUUGAAAGAAUGUUCUUAAUGUGGUCGAUUUUAAUUCCAAUCUUUUUUAAUUUCCUGUUCUCAUUAUUGUCUUGAUUGAGUCCAUCUGUUCCCUCUCCAUGGUGUUUGUCUUAGAAAAAUAGACUCUUAGCCUCCAAAUGUUCUCCUGUUGUUUGGUGCUCCUGGCUGGCUGUCACUCUGUAAAGCACCUUAAGUUAUCAAAUUCCUGAUUAAAGCCUCUUGUGUUUCGCCACCCUCCUGUCAGUUGCUGUUGUGUCUGCAUACUGGGUCCGAAUGGGAAUAUUUCCAAAAUCUGUGACAAAUGCUGGCGUCCAAACACAACUUUAACACAGCAUUAGCUUCCAGUACCAAGUCAUUGUUGUUGCCUUUUUACCACAGCUGUCUCCAAACCCAAAUUUGGGCAUAUGUUAUCCCUUUUGGAGAACAUGGGUAAUACAUUUAUUAUAAAAAAUAGAAAAACUUGGUUAGGUAAAAAAAAAAAAUCAAUUUGUAAAAAACUGAUUUGUAAAUAUUUUUCUAAACAUUAGGUUUUACUUAUAGUGUCUCUAGCUGUUCUUUUAAUAAGCUUCUCCUAGUUUCUUUCAAACCAUUUCACAUAAAGGUCAGUUUUAAUGAUAGAUUUUUUUACAAAUAUGCAGGGAAAGGUGACAACUUGUCACUUCAGUGAAUCAUUUACUGGUCCACAGUGGCCACACCCACCCAUUUGAUACUUAAAGUUACUGGUAAGAAUAAAAGCAUUUUGACCCAGGUCAGCAUAUGAGCUCAGUGUUUCUGGGCUUAUGGUUAGAAAAAAACAAAAACACUGGUAAACACAGGGUUGUUUUGUACCCAUUUUAAAUCCAAACUGUUCUCCAAAACACUUACAUUUUUGAUGCACAAUCAACAAACUGCUGUCACUGAGAAGUCCUGAGCAUGCUCCAAACUCUUCAUCCAUGCUCUGAUGGUUUUGACACAGUGUUCGGUGACCUGUUCUAAAGACACAACACAGGUGAGCACUUGGAAGAUGUCAUUUAAUUAACAGGAGAUCUCAAGAUGGUGUGUUCGUGAGAGCCUGUGUUGGGAAAUAAUGAUGUCUUUAAAAUGACUUACAUAAACGCAGGUUUAUAUGAUAGAAAAUCGGUUCAAAACACGUGUCAUUGGCUUCAGCAGAAGAAUCUCCAGGCCGUCACCACUUAAUGCAGAAGUGCCUGGUGCAUACAAGUAAAUAUGAAAUGUUUUACUUUAUGUUGGUUUUAUUCAUGCAGCCAGUGUUUUGUGGUAGUUGCAUGAAAUCCUCAGUGUUUGCCUCUCUUUGAUUGCUUUUGGUAAACGGCUGUUAAUGUGUGAUUUCUUGUAGAUUCUAAUUGUAUAUUUUGUCAAGACAAAAUGCGAAAAAAUGAAAACUUUUGCUUUUUGCAAUGUGCUAUAUUUUUCUUUAACGUGUUGUAUUUAAUGGUCAGCACAAUACAAAAAGUUCUGGUGACACUUGAUUUAAGGCAUACAGAAUUAUUUUUAGUAGUUUCCUCUUCAAACCUUUAAUUUAAGUUUUUUCAGUUCUUGCAUUGUGUCUCAAAAUAUAGUUAAUAAAAUACACAUAAACAUCGAGGUAAAGUCAUACUUGCAGCAGCAAAUAAUCUGGUCCAUAAAAUUUGAAGAACAUAGAAGGAGAUCAGAUAUUUGUCCAAACUUGAGUCAAUGUGUUUUGCAGGGUAAAAACACUGAGCCAGAGAAGAGUCUUGAAAUUUCCCUGUUUUGUUAUUAAAGCGAUUAUUAUUUAUUACAUUUUCAUGGUAUGCUCUGCAUAUCAGCAGAUGACACAAAAUACUAUAUAUUACAUUACUAGUAAUGUAUGAUGCUUUACUCUUUCAAGGGUUAUUUUGGGGAUUUUAUUCAUGCUUUUAAUUUAUGGGAACUUACUAGACAGACAGGGAGAUGCCUAAAGAGAAGACUUGCAGCAUGAAUUCAGUGUCUAUGGUGCAAAUGGUGCUUUGUUAAAAAUUUGGAAAGGAACAGAAAAGGAAAUGACAAAAAAAGAGGGGGCAAAAAGAUAAAGCAUGUAUGAAUAGUAUAGAUAAUGACUACUGUGUUCUUCAUGGUAACAUGUCUUUGUAGUUUCUUAGUAAUCCACUUCAUGGUAGUUUUAAGUACUUGGAAUUAGUUACCUUGGAUUACUGGAUUACUUUUUGGUUUGUGAAAAAAAAUAUCAUCCCUCUGUUUCAUCAUUGUCAUCCACCUACAACCAGUCAGAUGCAUGGUACAACAAAAAGAGCCAGCUCAACAGGACAGACUCAUCUGUGUCUGUGACAGGAGUAAAAUAGGCGUCUGUGUCUACUGUAAACAGUACGCACUAAACAGUGGUGGCGGCUUAAAACACCAGGUCUCAGUAACCUAGAAUGCAGUCUUGAGAACUCCACCAGGCAAUUCAACCCACACUCCCAACUCAACCCAACAAGCGUCUUGAAAGAGAGAUGAAAUGUCCUCACAAACCAAAAAGAGACUGCGUUGUGAAGUUGUGCUGUAAAGUAACACAGCAAUCAUUUAGUCUAAGAUAUUUAUUAACAGUUUUAGUAGCAGGUGGGUACAGGUGUCCAUACUAAGGUUUUAGCUCCGCUGCUGCUGAUUUUGUCAAAAAAUGAUUUGGUCCUUAAACAGAAACUAAAUAAGUAAAUGUUCCCACUUAAGAAGCUAUACCUGGUCAUGUUUAAAUAACGAUUUAAAUAAGUGAUCAUCUAUUGAAAUCAAUGUAGAUUAAUUUAACUAAACAACUUGUUUAAUUGUACAGAAAUGUCAUGUAAUUUCAAAACAAAGCUGUUGCCUUAAUGAAAGUGUUACCAAGUACCUUAAAAAAAUGUCACUAUGUUACUCAGUGUGUCAUUUAACAUCUAUGUGACUACAAAUGAUUGAGAGUCUACAAAACCAUAUACAACACACAGUGUUGGUUUGCCGAGUGAAUUCAUGUUUAAUGUUGACUGACGUGAUGCUACGAAUCAUGUCGAUUGAACACAUGUAUUUGUACUUAGACACCAUGAAUGUCAUGCAAAAGAUGAUUGAUAAAGGCUACCAUUGUAAGCAUUGCACUGUGUGAAUGUAACUCUCUGGAAAUUUGCAUUUUAUUUAAUAUUGCUUGUUUUUCUCUCCACCUUAAUAAUAGGAACAUGAUUUCUGAGUUGUAACAUUUAAUUACAUUGAAAAUUCUAGACACUUGGGCCAAACUUGUUUGCAGUUCAAAAUCAUUUGAAGUCACUGGAGUUGGCUUUAUCCAUUUCUUCCUUAAACUAAUCUGAACCAAAACCAUUCAAAAGCUUGCAAAUUGUGUAAUCAUCAUUGUUACUAAUAGCCCCAAGUGAUUCAAAGACUCUGAAACAUUCCUUUUAAAAUCUUUGAACCCAUUAUAGUAUCUACACCAGCCCAGACCUCGAGAGCUUCGGUCCUGCAGAUUUAAGAUCUGCAUCCCUACUCCAACACAGCUGAAUGAAGUGGUUGAAUUACCUCUUCAGCAUGCCAUCAAGUUUGGCAAAGGCCUGGUAACAAGCCAUUCAUUCGAUUCAGUUGUGUUGGAACAAGGAUGCAUCUUAAAGAUGAAGGAGAGUAGCUCUCGAGGACUGAAGUUGGAGACUCCUGAUCUACACAAUCUAAAGCGUAUCCUAGCAGUUGGUGGCUCCUUCAGUGCUGAUACCAUCUUCAUCUCAAACAGGAAUGAGCCUAGCUGUAUAAAUGUUGUGAAGCUUUUAUUCCAUCUGAGAACAGUAGCUACUGGCCUUAUUGUAAUUUAUUCAUUUUAGAGUCUAACUCAAGGCCAGUUCAUGGUUUCCAUGUUGAAGAGGGUCCACAUAGCCAGCUGUGAAGAAGUUCAAGCACAGCCCAAAUUUUGGGACGUCAGAGGGAGACAACUGAAUAUGUGCCAAAAAACUUACAUAAAAACCUGGUUUGCGCACCACAUAUAUUUCCACCAUGUAUAUUUUAUUGAUGACUCUUCCACAUCUUGUUUUUGGUUGCUAUUUGUGUGUGUGUGUCUUUCUCUUUUAGCAAGAUUGCACAUAAAAAACAGGUGCUGCACCCUUACACCAUCAAAAGGUUAAAAUUUGAUGUGUUGGCUUCUUCAGAUCACACAAAGAGUGUACUUUAUGGUAUCAUUUUAUGGCAUAUUACAUUUUAUAAUGAACUUUAAAAAUAUCCAGCCUUCACCAUAUUCACUAUAGACUCCUUUUCUAGUGCACAUGACAUGUUCAGAUCUGCUUGUUUGAGUUUAGUCUGCAGAAACCAUGAAUUGGUCUUUACCUUUACUUGUUUUCUUAUAUGGGAUCCAAAUGUACCAACUUAUAAAACCCCAUGUUCACUAAAGGCAGUUCUCCAUUAUGCUUCAAAAAGCCCAAAAGAAGAUUCCUAAAAUGUUUUCAAGCAGCUUCUCCUUCAGCACAUUUCAAAUGCAGUGUUGCCAAAAUUAUUGUUUUUAGCCUAUUGAAAACUCUUUUGCAGCUCAUUGUUGAUUGAUGUGGUUGGAAAUUAGUGACUGUUUUCUUUUAAAAGACAUCCGAACAUGUGACAAGGACAUUGAAAUGGAAGCACAACUUGAAUGAAAAUUUAAAAAAUAAACAGAUUCUG